AUGGUGCUUGUACGGGGAGUGGACCACUUUGCUAGCUGUAUGCCCUUGCUCUAUCGCCUGUUAGCCAUUCUCAUCCAUGCUCAGCGUUCCAUACGGGAAGGUCUGACCUGGGCACGUCUUGAACAUCCGAACGUCAUCAACCUGAAGGGAAUAACGACAGACCCUGCGAAGGACCGGAUCUGCCUUGUGUCGGACCGGAUGACGAACGGGAACCUAUUGCAGUACCUUGAACGGCAUCCAGACACGAACCGUGUGUCACUGGGCGCUUCGGUAUCUCAUGGUCUGGCGCCGCCCAUCACACAUGGGGAUAUUAAAGCGAAUAACAUCCUCAUUUCCAGACAUGGCAUCCCCCUGCUGAGCGACUUCGGGCUCGCAUUCGUGCUGGAUGACCCAGCAACGAUGAUGAUGACGAACGCGACAACGAGUGGAGCGCUGAACCCCCCUGGGCGGCGCCGGAGCGUCUGCGGGGCGACCGUAAGAGCCCGGAGCUGCGGAAGGUGGGGUUGGGUCGCGGGUGGAUGGACGCACCAGGCGGGUGGACGUGUUCCCCAUGGGGCGGACAUUCUUCGAGAUUUUCACGGGAAAGAUCCCUUUCAUAGAGCACAACGAAUGGGCGACCUUUCUACAAAGUCAUCCGUGGUGAGCAUCCAGCCGGAACGAUGAGCCCGCCUGGCGCGGCGUGCAGGAAGAGAUGUGGAGAAUCAUCUUCACCUGUUGGGCGAUGGAUCCUGUGCUACAUCCUACUGCAGCCAUGGUAGACAGCGACAUCAGUACUCUGCCUGCUGUGGAGGAGCCGGUGCGGCCCGAAACUCUCUCACAGCACCCAAUAGUCGGGCGAGAGCGGCUUGUAACCACUGCGCUGGCAACGAGCAUGCAGGGAACGUACUUGAGUGCAGCAGAGGAUGCUCUCAUCAGAGAUGCAGUGCAGGCGGGUGUCAUGCAGGUACUGGCAGGGGCAGCGGAGGCUCCCUGGCCCGGUCUAUCCACCACACCCACAUCCUACACCACAGCAGUGGAAUAGGUCGCCCCCGUACACUCUGGGUGGGGCUUGGUCAGCCUCGAGCAGCGCUGGCAGCGACUCAGACGGUAUGUGAUGCUUUGGUGUACAUCUCCACCCAGCUUCACCCUUGCCUUAGACGAGAUCUCCCGCGUGGAAGCAUACGAUCCUCGCCCGUUCUGUAUCUUCAUCACAUUACGAUAUAAACGUCGGCUCUUUAUCGAGUUCGCAGGACAAGAGGAGAUGGUUUGCUGGAGGGCGGCGAUUGACCGCGAGCGCCGAAGUGCAGACACGUAG